AUGCAGGCCCUGGUGCACCACGGCGACCAGUUCGUGGAGGUUCCAGACGCGUCCGUCACACUGAGAGACAUCUGUGGCUCAUUUGGACUCGCUGGCGAUCUCGCAGGCGUCUACAUUAAGCAUCGUGCGACCGGGCGUGUCGUGGCGACGCUGCCGUUUGAGGGCCUCCCCGCGGUUAGCGACGCACAGGGCGAAGAAGACAACGUCUACGACCUCUGCUGCCCCACCGAAGAUGGCGCGGGGGACUCAACCCCUACGACGGAUGACAUGACUGACGUAUUGCGACAGCUCGUGCAGCUGGGGGCCGCAUCUCUUCUCUCAACCGAAUCGGAACUGCACCGUUCACUAGACCCAUACGACCCUCGUACGUCUCCGGGAUUACUGAUACGAACGAUAUAUCCACCUUCGCUCUACUCGCCUUACCGCCACCGCGGGGAUCCACUCGGUAUGCAAGGGAAAUUUGCCGCCCCGUCCAUUGCAGGGCAGAUGACGGGACCGCCGUAUAUUAGUGCAGUGGAGUCGUACAGUGUGGCAGAGGCAAAUGCAACGACGUUGCAGUCGCGACCUGACCUGGUCCCGCAGAGCGAAGAGGAGGCGCGUGAUAUUCUGCAAGGGCUUGUGGCAGCGGCCACGCAGGUGAAGGCUAGAAUGGCCAUGGCCGAUGCGGAGGAGACACGGAAUGCACCAUUAGACGUCAAGCCGGAUCUGGCGCUCCUGCAACCGACUGGAAUGGGUUCAUGA